GACAGCUAACUAAGACGCAGCAGAAACCUGGACAACUCGUAAUCGCAAAAAAUUAAAGACUCCAGACAACACUUAGAUUGCUCAUUCUCAUCUCUCUCUCUGUCAAUACUAAUUUCAGAAGCAUGAGGAUCAACGUGAAGAGCUCGACGAUGGUAAAGCCAAUGGCGGCGACGCCGAGUCGCAGCCUGUGGAUCUCCAACUUGGACCUUCUAAUGGAGCCCAACUACCACACCCGCUUUCUGUACAUCUACCGCUCCAGCGAGACGGGCAACUUCUUUGACUCGACGGUGCUCAAGGCGGCGCUCAGCCGUGCCCUGGUUGAAUUUUACCCGGUGGCGGGGAGGCUGAAGAAGGACGACAAAGGUCGCGUUGAGAUCAACUGCAACGGGGAGGGGGUGUUAUUCGUGGAGGCGGAGUGCGACGCUGCUAUAGAUGACAUUGCAAUUGGUAGUAACUUCGUUCCCAGGCCGGAGCUCAGCCUCAUCCCUACUGUGGAUUAUUCCCAGGAAAUUUCGACGCUCCCGCUUUUGUUGAUCCAGAUGACUGGUUUCAAAUGCGGUGGAGUAUGCUUAGGUAUUGCCAACAGUCACUACGUAUCAGAUGGUAUUUCUGCUAACCAUUUCAUCAACACAUGGGCUGAUAUAGCCCGUGGUCUUGAAGUCGCCGUCCCACCAUUCAUCGACCGAACACUCCUCCGCGGCCGCCAUCCGCCUCAGCCGCACUUCCACCACAUCGAGUACCAUCCCUAUCCAACAAUGCAAAUUUCUGAUGAAACAUCCAUAUUUUCAAUAUUCAAGCUAACUCGGGAUCAGGUCAACGCACUCAAGGCCCAAUGCCACGGAAACAGGGUUAGUGACUACAGCACGUUCGAGGUGGUGGCGGGGCACGUAUGGCGCUGCACAUCAAUGGCUCGUGGGCUGCCCAAAGAUCAGGAAACGAAGCUGUACAUUCCGGUGGAUGGGCGAUCUAGGCUGCAGCCCCCACUACCACCAGGCUAUUUCGGCAAUGUGAUCUUCACGGCGACGCCCAUUGCUUCAGGUGGCGAAAUGCAGUCGAAUCCUUUGGAGUUUGCUGUCCGUAAAAUUCACGACACGCUCGCCAAGAUGAAGGACACUCGUUACUUGAGGUCGGCUCUUGAUUACUUGGAGCUGCAGCCUGAUAUUAUGGGAAUAGCGCGAGGGCGGCGGACGUAUAGAUGCCCGAAUCUUUGCAUAACCAGUUGGAUUCGGCUGGCAGCUGAUGCAGAUUUCGGUUGUGGUAAGCCUAUGCAUUUGGGACCUGGCGGUCCAACAUGCGAAGGGAAAUGUGUUGUGAUGCGGAGUCCAGGAAAGGAGGGGAGCUUGCUGUGUGCAAUCUCGCUGCUGAAACCACAUAUGCACCUGUUUGAGAGGCUCCUCUAUGAGGGCAUUUGAAGUAUUUUAUGUCUUAAAUCCAAUACCAAUUGUCUUUUAUAUAUAAUUUUCCCUCCAAGUAAUAUUAAUUAUAAAGACACAUGUAAUUGGAGGCCUGAAACUACACUGCAUUUCGUUGAUGUAAUGCAUAUUUUGUCCUAAAUAAAGCAACAAAAAGGGACAUGACAACUUUCUAUACUAUUGAAUGUUUA